UGCAGCCGGGCCCCGGGCGGCCAGGUCAACCCCCGGGCAGCGCAGCCGGCGGGCGGGCCCGGCCUGCAGCGCGCUUCCCCUCUGGAAGGCCGUCGGACUCCUGCGUUCCCGCCCUUCAGCAGGAAAAGGGGGAAUUUAGGUCCGACGCGAAAAAUGGGCUAGUGUUUUUUUUCACCACUUAAGUAUUCUGUGCCCUGCUCGGGGAGGAGGCGGGGAACCGGCCUCUCCGGGUCUUCCUCACAGAAGCAGGUGAAAGCAGGCUUUGAUGUGACUCAAAACCUCCCAGUUCGUCCUGAAUAUUUAAGGUUAAUUUCUUGACGUUAAAACUUUUUAAAUGGUGUUCUUGGUUAGGACCUUCUGGUGCCAGGUGAUCACGCAGGGGGUGGAAAUAUCACUAACAUAUGGCUUGAUGUGGCAUGCAGAGCAUGUCAAGUUUUAAAUAUCAAACCCCCAAAUUUACAGCACUGCUAAAGGUAAAGGAAGUCUGAGAAGUCACCGUGUACCACAUAGAGCAUGGAAACUUAAAUACCCAACCCAAAAACUUACAGCAAUCCUAAGAAGCAGAAUGCUGGGAAGUCACCAUGUUAAAACACGUUGCAAUCUGUCUCUGCUGGUAGAUGUGCUGAACCAAGCUGCCUAAGCCAUCUCUGGUCAAGCAUGGGAACACUGACUUCCUUGUUCUGGGUCUUGCUUUUGAUGGUAGAUAUCUUAGCCUCUGUAAAAGUAAACACUUGGAAGGGGUCCUCGCUGGUUGCUCCCGUUCACAUUGUCAAUGAAGAGUCAGCUGACAAGACUAAUUUGGGCUUUAUUCAUGCAUUUGUGGCUGCUAUAUCGGUCAUCAUCGUGUCAGAACUGGGGGAUAAGACCUUCUUCAUUGCAGCCAUCAUGGCAAUGCGGUACAACCGAUUGACUGUACUGGCUGGUGCUAUGCUUGCCUUGGGACUGAUGACAUGUUUAUCAGUUUUGUUUGGCUAUGCUACCACGGUUAUUCCUCGUGUGUACACAUACUAUGUUUCUACGGCACUGUUUGCAAUUUUUGGCAUCCGGAUGCUUCGGGAAGGCUUGAAAAUGAGUCCAGAUGAGGGUCAGGAAGAGCUGGAGGAAGUUCAAGCAGAAAUUAAAAAGAAAGAUGAGGAACUUCAGAGAACUAAACUGUUAAAUGGGCCAGGAGAUGUGGAAUCAGGGCCAGGCACCACUAUACCUCAGAAGAAGUGGCUACAUUUUAUUUCUCCAAUCUUUGUCCAAGCUUUUACUUUAACAUUUUUAGCAGAAUGGGGUGAUCGUUCCCAGUUAACAACCAUAGUGUUGGCUGCCAGAGAGGACCCCUAUGGUGUGGCAGUGGGAGGCACAGUGGGGCAUUGCCUGUGCACUGGUUUAGCAGUUAUUGGAGGGAGAAUGAUAGCACAAAAAAUAUCGGUUAGGACUGUGACAAUCAUAGGAGGCAUUGUCUUCUUAGCAUUUGCAUUUUCUGCACUAUUUAUAAGUCCAGACUCUGGUUUUUAAACUUUUUCAUCACUGCAGAGGAACAAGGAUUGGAAGCAUCCAGCAGUGAUCCUUGUGCGUUUUUGUAUAUAGUGUACAGAAUUGUAGUUGAACAAGCACUGAAGAUGAGACACUGAACUUUUUAUAGCGAAUGAUUCAUGGGACUGACACGUUCAUGGACAGCUUCUGCAGAGGACAUCUGCUUGUUGUCUGGUUUGUUUAUUCUGUGGUGCCUGCUCCCUCGGUGGGAUGUGUGUGGUUUUCUUGCUUGCUGGGCUUGGCUCAGCUGAGAUCUGAGGAUCUACUCUCUUGAGUGUGGAGGCUUCCUCUGUUACACCCGGCCACUUUCCCUGUUUCUUCAAGAGCUGAUUCUUAAGGCUUCCCGAAGCAGGCUGUGGCUUGUUCCAUGUUGCUCAACAGAAGGCGUUAAGGAGCAAACUGCUGCUGGCUCCCACCUCCAAGGACUCUGUUUCCAGGGUGCACCAAGGCUGGAUCAUCUAAGCCAAAAGAAACCUGGGAGCAGUUCCUAUACCAUUGAGUGGCUGAGCCACCAACGGAGAAUUUUAUAAACUUACUUUAGAGGGAAAACUUCUUAAUCAGGGAUUUUUAUCAGGAAAUCGAAGUGUGGUGAUUAACAACCUACCAUGGUCAAUAUGCAAUCUGUCUGGCGUUAGUAUUAUUUGACUUUUUUAUUUUAUUUUGAAAUAUUAAAGUAUAUGGAAAGUAAUAAAAUGGUCCAACUUAACAAUGUUUCAUUCCCAGGACUGAACAAUAAUGGAAUUCUUAGAUUUAGAUGUGUUCCUGUUUUUCUUUUUAGGAAUAGAAAUGUAAUCUGGAAGAGUAUUAAUAAAAUAUAGUGUCUCCAUUUA